ACGGUAAUUUCCUUCUGACAGAAUCUUUUAUAUCAUCCGAAGGUUGCGGAUCAUUGGAGGUUCUGUGGCUCAGCAAGUCUCUGAGCUAAUUAUGUACACCCUUGGGAUAGUUUUUAUAAUGGCUGGGAUCUUUCAGUACGUUGAGCGGCGCAGUAAGGACUGUAAGCCUGGGGUCACCAACUCUGAGGGAUGUGUGAACUUUUAUCAGGCCUUUUACUUCAUAGUCACAACGGUUUUGACAGUGCAACUAGGAGACAUUACACCACAUUCUGAAUUGGGGCGUGAAGUGGUCUUGGCAACCAUCAUCAUAUCAUUGACAGUUAUUCCCCUUCAGAUCUCCAAAAUCUCGGACCUGGCUGCAAGGAGAGUAGGAACCCGGGGUGGUACCUCCACCACGCCCUAUUCGAAGGAGGAGGAGGAGAAGAUGGCCGCCAUACUGAGAGAGAGGAAGGAGAAGAAGGUGGCCAAGAAGAAGGCCUUACAGGAGGAGCAGGCGGCCAAGCUGAAGAAGAUAGAGGAAGAGAUGGCCAGGGAGAAAGAGAGGUUGAAGAAGGAAGAAGAGCAGAAGCUGAAAGAAGUGGAAGAGGAAGAGGAAGAAGAUGAAACGCCACUGCAAAGAAAGAGAGGGCAAUACAGUGGCAACAGAGAUGAGGAGAUGGAGAAACGGAUUUCAGAGUGGGUCGCCAACUUAUUCCUGGGCGAAGAAGAAGAGGUGGCAAUGUAUAUACCCAAGGAUGACCAGGAAGCCGCUAUGAGAGCUUGGGAAGCAGAAGGAGAUGUCAUAAAGUGGCAUGCGAUGGAAGAUGAGAAAAGGAUGGAGUGGAAACUGGCAGUGAUGAGGGAGAAGAAGAGAAGAGUGGACGCGACAGCGGAGGCGGCAGAAGAAUUAGAGGAGGUAAAAAAGAUAGAAGAGCAAUUAGCCGCCCAGACCAAACUCCCAAACCAAAUACGAGUCAUAGCCCGAAAUGUUGCACGCCUGGCACGAAUUCAGGCAGAGCAAUAUGACUUCAGUAGGAGCCAACACAUAGCUGUGCAUUCGAUACGGUUGGGAUUCCGGGACUUUGCUCGCGAGUUGGUAGGCGUUGUAGGGGCUGAGGUGGGCCAUCGCCUUGACAAAACUGAGCGGUUUUGCGCUGGCGCCAUUGAGGGCGUCAAGGCGGCAGCUCCCAAGGAGGAGGAGCCACGUCCACGUAGGGAGCCAGUCAAGGUCAAAUUCCCUGAUUCCUACAGUGGGAAGAGGGAAGAGAACUUUGACAACUGGGAGGCCAACGUCAAGACCUACGUGCAUCUGCAACAGGUCUCCCUGGAUCAGCAUGUCUUGAUUGCGAUCCACGCAAUGAGAGAUGAGGCCGCCAGUUUUGCAAGGUCCCUAGUGCGCGCCGCUAACUGCAAUGAUGAUGCAGUUGCCUAUUCGUCAGUCACCUCCCUCGCUGAGUUUAUGAAAUUGUUGCGCGAGCGAUUUGCAGAUGUUGCUCGCAAUGUCAAGGCCUCAGAUAAACUCCAGACAAUCCACGCCCGUAAGUGGAAGAGUGCCAGGGCACUCAAGAGCACGAUGGACAAAUUAGUAGUUGUCCAUGACCACGGGGUUACAGACACUCAGUUGGUCGCCCUCUUCUAUAGAGCAAUGCCCGAAGCAUUUCGCGGGCACUUCUUCGCGAAGAGCGAAGACCCUACCACCACUUAUGAUUCCCUUAGUCGUGAAGUGGUGGCCUUUGAGGCAAGAUCUGUGUCAGUCUCCACCUUCUGGCACAAAGAUUUGGACAAGGCUAUCCUCGCAGACAACCGUAUGAUGAUUGUAGAGGAUUACGUAGAGGGAGUCCAGGCGUAUUUCCGCCUAGAGAAGGAUGGGAAAGUGGAGAAGGUCCUCCACUCCCUAACUCUCCUCGUAGAAGACAGCCUCCCAUUCGAUAUUGUCCUGGGGAUGGAUUGGGGAGAGACAGUCGGGGCCACACUCCAUCUGAAGGAGCACGAGUGUAGACUCCCUAGCCCUUCAGGCGAAGCCAAGACUGCCCGCCUGUUUCAUGUGUCAGGAGUAGAGAAUUCCCUGGCGCAUUGCUGCCUGAGUGCACCUGCAUUUGCGAGACUAGUGAAAAGGGAGAAAUUGGAGGAACAGGUUUUUGUUGCCUAUGUUAGGCCAGUGACUGAGCCUACGGAAGAAAAGCCGAUGGACCCUGCGAUUGCCAAGCUGCUGGAAGAGUUCAAGGACCUAACUGAGCCGCCGAUAGGAGUGGUACCGCGGCCCAUCCAGCACCGCAUUGAGAUAGAGCCUGGCACUAGAACUCCUAAGGGCGCUGUGUAUAGGAUGUCCCCACGGGAGUUGGAGGAGCUUCGCAAGCAAUUAGAUGAGUUCCUCGAGAAGGGUUGGAUUAGGCCCAAUGAUAUCUUAGUGUUUAGCAAGACCCUCCAAGAACAUCAGGGUCAUCUCAGGCAAGUCUUGGAGAAGCUGAGGGAAGCUAACUUCAAGAUCAAUGCAAAGAAGUGCGAUUGGGCAAAGACCCAAGUUUUGUACCUAGGCCACGUCUUAGACGGAGACGGCGUUAAACCAGAAGAUUGUAAAAUCGCAGCGAUUAGAGAUUGGCCCACGCCGCGCACGCUGACAGAGUUGCGCUCGUUCUUGGGCUUAGCUAACUAUUACAGGAAGUUCGUGAGGAACUUCUCUACCAUCGCUGCUCCCCUUCGCAGAUUAUUGAGGAAGGAGACCAUCUGGAAGUGGGACAAGGACUAUACGUCUGCCAUGAAAAAAUUGAAGCAGGCAUUGAUAGAGUACCCGGUCCUUAAGGUAGCCGAUCCGUCCUUGCCUUUAAUCGUCACUACGGAUGCUAGUCAGUACGACAUAGGCGCGGUGUUGCAGCAAGACGAUGGCAAUGGUUAUAGACCCGUAGAGUUCAUGUCCACCAGAAUGCCUUCAGAGAAGGUCGCGAUAUCUACCUAUGAGAGGGAACUCUACGCUCUCAGGCAAGCCUUAGAACAUUGGAAGCACUACUUGCUUGGGAGGCACUUCAAAGUCUAUUCCGAUCAUGAGACAUUAAGAUGGUUAAAGACGCAGGCCAAGAUGACACCUAAGCUUACUAGGUGGGCCGCAGAGAUAGAUCAGUACGACUUUGAGCUCAAGCCAGUCAAGGGGAAGUAUAACGUAGUUGCGGAUGCUCUGAGUAGGAGAGCUGAUUACUUUGGGGCAAUAGUGCAUUACUUAGACAUAGGGAAGGACCUUCAGCAGAAGAUUAGAGAAGCCUAUGCACAGGACCCUGUCUACAGGGACCUCCUUAAGAAGGUCAAGGAGGCCCCAGAGACCGAGCCGAACUACCGCACUACUGAAGGGUUGCUUUUUGAGAAGGCUAAUGUAUUUAACCGCCUGUGCAUUCCCAGUAGUGAAGAGCUCUACUCCAACUGGGGCCUUCCAGAUGCAGCGCCCACCAAGGUGAUGAAGAUGACAUCCACCAUAGCCAGACCUUAUGGUGGAGCCUUCUCAGCUGGCAAAGUGCUUGGUGCACGAUUCGUGAUCUUAAGUGGGAGCAUUCGGUUUGAGACUGUGAGAAAUUACUUGGCAGAGUUGUACAGCCCUGUCCCAAAAGAUGAGCUAGCAGCCUUCCCUCUUCGAGUUAUCAUAAUGGCUCCAUUUAAGCCAUCGUUUGCUCUCAAGACCAUGCUGACACAGUACUCGGGUCUAGUUCAUUUCAUUGAAGGGAGCCCGUUGAAAGAGUCGGACCUGGACCGCGUGAGUGCAAAGGAAGCCACAGCUGUGUACUUGCUCGCCAACAAAUUUUCACAGGACUACUCCCUUGAAGAUUAUGGGCAGAUGGCCCGCGCAUUGUCUGUUCACCAGUAUUGCGGGCCCAGUGUACGGGUCCUCGUGGAACUGGUCAAUCCUGAGAACAGGGGCAAUCCAAUUUGGGAUGGCACUGGUGAAAAGAAUGUGGGAGCGAGAAGCAUAGAAACCAUCUGCCUCCAAGAACUGCGCUUCAAGCUGCUUGCUCGCAGCUGCUACGUGAAGGGCCUGUCUACCCUGCUUAGCAAUCUCUUCGCCUCUGCUAUAGAUUUUCACCCACCAAAGACGGGCACGGCGGAAGAAGAAUAUUAUCACGGCCUGACGCAAAGUAUAUACCCUGUCUUGCUGCCAGCGGCAUUUGUAGGGAAACCUUUUGAGAAGAUAGCAGAGCUUAUCUACACGGAGUUCUCCGCGCUUCUUGUGGGUCUCGACGUGACAGCGUCGCGGGAGGCACCUGAAGAGGGCGAUGCAGAACCGCUUCGCAUGUUUCCCAUGGGUGAGCUCAUCGGUGCGAAUGACGUCGGCCUAAUCAUCGCCGAGAGUCUGGCAUUGGUAAAGCAUGUGUCCACGUUCGGGUCCCAAACGUUUACGGACAGAAUCAGCUCAUGCUGCAUAGGGAGCGUUUCAGCGGAGGAGUUGUAUGUGCAUCUUUGUGCAAAGAUGGAUUACGAGGAUACCUGGCAGGGAGGCAACCUGAGUUCCCAGGGUGCCUUGGCGCUUGGCGAAGGAUCAAUGCGAGGGCGUGUUUUCAAAUUGGAUCCAAAGAAGUCAGACCCGAGCGGCUGGGAGAUAAAAAAUGACAUGCAGCAGAUGCGAGGAAGCAGCAGCAACUUGUCGGUGCGGGGGUACUGGAACGAGGAGGAGCCGGAUUGGUACCUAGAAAUAGACAGGAAAAACUACUCCUUGGAGGAAGUUACAGAGAAAUUGUUGACGUGGCCACCGGUGCUGGUCGGCGGCCGACCGUCUCCAGAAGUCAUUGCCGGUCAUAGGGAGAUCAUCGAGGAGGACUUGACGCAAAAGACGCUGAGUUUGGUGAGGUUGAGCGAGCGGCAUAUUCUGGUCUGCUGCGAAGGGCAGUGGCCUCACAACCUCUACUACUUCGUUGAGCAUUUACGGCUAGAGGGAUUCCCAACUCCUCCAAUCGUCAUUCUCUCUCCCGAAGAACCUGGGCCUGAGCAAUGGGGAUGCCUGGGAAUUUUCGAAGACGUAUACUAUGUCAAAGGAUCGGGAACUUGCGAGCUCGAUCUCAUGCGUGCGGGGCAUGGAGAAUGUGAGUGCGUGGUCGUUGUUGCGGAGGAUAUCCAAGGGACGUCGAGGCCAGGCGACGAUACCGAUCAGCAGCAAGCCUCAAGCCAGCUGUAUGCGAAUGACCUGACAAAUACCAUCAUCGCAUCCAAAGCCGAGAAGGGACUGGGAGGGAAAAAGGGGGUCGUCGUCGAGCUGCAGUAUAACCCCACUUUCCAGUACUUGAAACCUCUGUACCAAAUACACCCAGUCACUGUGAGAAAGAUGUCGAGCCGAAGAAACAGAGAUGGGUUGCAUCUCUUCCUCCCAUCUUAUGCCAUGGGCAAAGGAUUUGGAGCAAACAUGCUCGACUACCUCCUGGCUCCAUCCUUCACGAACAAGAAUACAGUACACAUAUUCCUCGCUUUUGUUCACGAGGCCCUGUCAUCGAUCGAGCGGCCUGAUGAGGAGAUGGGAUAUAAUCAAAACAGCGACAGUGACAAGAGCAGCGACGACAGGAGACCAACAACAAUGCCUGCAUGGGACUUAGUGCAUAGGCAACAGCAGCACGAGAACGAGGCUUCUGGAAGCGGCGAGGACAAUGCGGUUUGCAACGAGAUAAUCUGUGUGCUGGACAUCAUUCAUGUGCCCCCGGGCUGUGGAGGUUUGUCGUAUUUGCACCUAUUUAGGCAUCUGCUGCACUCGAGAGGUCUGUUGUCACUUGGAUUGUACAGAGCAGCAAAAGACCCAGACGGAACUUCGACAAAAUUUGGCGAUCCUUCAGGCUACGUUUUCACAAACCCCCCUCAUAAUGCAACCGUUUGCCCAUUAGACCUUGUUUACGUUUUCCGGAGGCGGCCGCGAAACAGAAACACUAGCAGCAGCACUUAGUUGCGUCACAAUCGCCCCUCUUUUUUUUUUCUUUUUUCUUUUUUUUUCCUCUGUUUUUCUCAACUUUCUCUUCUUGCUCCAUUUCCGUGGCCCUCUUUUUCUCUGUUUUUCUCAACUUUUCUUUUUUUUCAUUCUAAUUCCGUGGCCCUCGUUUUCUCUAUUUUUUCUCAACUUUCUCUUUUUUAUUCCGAUUCCGUGGCCCUCUUUUUCUCUGUCUUUCUCAACUUUCUCUUUUUGUUUCAAUUCCGUCCCGUAGACACUCUCGUAUACGAGUUGAAAUGAGGCAUUUUUAUCAAUACAUUUCCAUCGGACUCUUCUCCUAUCAUGAUCGAUACCCUGUUAUAUAUGUUCUUUUUAUUAAUCAAUUUUAGCGCGAGUA